AUGCUGCUCUCCUGCCCUGGCAGCGAUCGCGGCUUUGGCUUGCCUUCCCCGCGCCCUGGCACGUUCUCCUCGCCUUGCCUUUUGCUCGGGAGGGAACAAGGGAUAGAAAGUUUCUGCCGCACGCUUUCUUUGCGUGCUGUUACCCGGGGUGGGGGCUUUACCCCCUCUGCCGGCCCCGGGUGGGAGGGGGGCUACGCGCAUCCCCGGCCGCUCCGCAGGUGCACACGGGCACAGGUGUCCGCGCCGGCCGCCCCACAGCUCGGAGGAGCUCCCGGCAAAGGCACGGGCAUUCCGGCCCGGCCGCCCCGGCCCCCGUGCCUGCCCCGCUCGCUGCGGGCAGCGAGCCCCGCCUGGGCAGCAGCGAGCCCCCGCCGCCACCCCUGCGUGUCCGUGUGGACAACAUGGACGCUGCCCCUCCGCACCCGGAUCUGGCACCUCGCACAGCACCUUCCCGCUGCGGUUCCCGCUGCCUGGGUCGCCUCUGCUUCCCGCCGGCUCCUGCAGGCGAGCACCGCUGCCUCUGAGGCAAAGGGACUUUUCCCAGGCUUUGCCGUGCGUGUGCAGCGGCGCGGGCAGAAGGCGCUCCCGCUGCUCUGCGCUGCUGCAUGCCGGGCACGCCGGGCUGCACCGGCCGGCGCUCGCCCGCUCCCGAAGAUCUGCUCCCAAGUACGGGCCGGGGAAGGAGCCCCGCUGGCUCUCAAAGGCGGCCCCCGGGCAGCCUCCGGUGCCCGCACCCUCAUCGCUGCCCCGGAGGGUGCCUCUCUGCGGGGACACGCGUGUCAGCCUGCGCACCCUUCUUGGAGCAGAGAGGAGCGGGGCUACCCGAGACCUGAGCGGCAGGUUGGCCCACCUCAGGUAGCGCUUACCACAGCUCAUGGUGCGAAAGGGCAAGGAUGCAGCAGCUCUCACCCCAGCAUUUCAGGAGAGAAAUUGCAGUUGUGGGUUUCCAUUAAAUUUGCAAGGAGCGAGGACAGUGUUGACAGAGCAAAGUGA